AUGAAAUACAACCACCAUGAUUCCUCCCCCAUCAUCUGCUUUGUUGCACCGGUGUUGAAGCAUUCACCUCCACUGUCUUUCAUGAAGCCUUCUGUGCCAAACCAACCGCAUCAGGCUGGUGUCAACCAAUCCACCAGCAGCCCUAGUGAUGGUGCAGGUGCACCAGUGUCCAAUGCAGCAUCAAACCGACUGGUGCCCAUCCUCGAUGCCCAUGAUAAUGCCUAUGUAGACGGUUUCAGUUGA